AUGGAUUUCCAAGAAGCUUUCAGCAAGCUAAAAAAUCUGCAGCAGCUCGAGUCCCCUGAUGAAGUUCGUGAUCUUCGACCACAUCGGGUCCGCACUGGCAUCCUUGACCCUACACAACUUGCCUAUGCAGCGCUAUGCCAAAUAGAGCUUUUGCGUUUGUACGCACCUAACUUGCCAUGGUCGGGUCGCGAUCUUGACGGUGCUUUCACCACUUUCUCUGAAGCUAUUGAUCUACUGCACUCGGCCUCGGACCAACCAGAUAUCGUAUCUGCCGUCACUGAGUUGCUUUCGAAAAUGACUGGAUUGCAAAUCGCAGGCUGCAUUGAGGAGCUUCCGCAUCCUGAAAAGUUUGUGGUUGAUACUUUCGACGCCGCCUACCGAGCCGCUCAUACUCCCAACAUCUCAAGUCGUGCUCGCUACCUGAUCUGCCAGUUGCUGAGCCAAAUAGUUGAUGAGAUGGAAUACGAGAUUCCAGAUGACGCCGUAUGUUUGUUUUUGGACCAAUUCAAUGGCGAAGCGGCGUCCUUGAGUCGAGAGAUCGCGCAGAAUUGUCCACGAGUUGAGGAAAGGGUCAAGAAGUAUUUUCUUGCGCUUUUAGACGACACUGAAGCUAAUGACAGAUUUGAUCAGGCAGCCGAGCUUGCUAAAGGCGUAAUUGAGCAUUCGUUCCCGGUGUUCGAACUUUCUCUUCCUUUGUUUGUCCAGCGGCUUGAGAUGCUUCUACCAGAGGCACGGGCUAUGGCAGUUAAAGUAAUUGGCUGGACAUUGGUUUCUCACCCUGCCAUACAUGAUCUUGAGUUCCACCGCUGGGUCAAACGCAGUCUUGAUGCUUCUGCCAACGUGAGGGUCGCCUGGGUUCGGGUUGCGGCAAACUGCCUUUCUCGCUCUUCGUUGGAGAUAGAUUAUACUGAUGUUUGGAAUUCUUUUUUCGGAUGUCUAAACGAUUCAGACUCGAAAGUUCGUGCUGCAGCGGCUGGAGCCGUUGCGCUAUUUGUAAAUCUCGCUGAUCCUCCAAAAUCCCUAGAGCAAAUGCUCGUUCCGAGAUUGCGAGACAAGUCUGUGACUGUGCAAUCAAAGGCACUGGAUGCAGCACUAGACUUAUACAACGUUUCCUCGUGUACAUGGGUUCCAAAGGCUGUUUUGAACAUGGUAUACGUAUAUAAUCAAAAGAGUCUUGAUCUACUGUGGGGAUUAACGUUGGAAAUGUGUGACAUCACUCAUGAACCCAGCUACAAAGUUGCCCGUUCGGUGGUAACAACACUCAGUUACUUGGAUUCAAAAGCUGCGAAAGCGUUCUCGGCAGUUUAUCGCAAUCAUGUGGCCAUUGCUAAAGCACUAUCACAUUUUCUCGAGAGCGAAGAAUCUCAACAUGAUACACUUCUCGAAUGGAUAUCUAAUCGAUUGUAUGAUUCACGGAUAAAAGUACAGCUCUCGCAACUAACCACGGAGCAGCAGGAAGUCUUAAAACUCGCUUUGGGUCCGUCACCUUCGAAUGAAGUAUAUGAGAACUCCCAGGAAUACCUCCCGAAAGCCAUCUCGCCUCUUGUCAUUCGAUAUGGCGGUUAUCUUGAACAAAAUACUUCGAGUUUUAUCGAGCUCCUCGAUGAUUCCCAACUUGGUGAAGCUUCAGCGUCGUUGUUGUCUGAAAUUGCUGCAGGAUUCCCCAAGACUGUUGUUGCUAAUGCUGAUCAACUGGUGAAGAGAGCGUUGCAGAAUGAUAAGGCGCUAUGUAUACUGUCCGCUAUUGCAAAUGAACUCGACGGCGAGCUGGAGGCUGACGAUAAGUUUUGGCAACACAUUGAGGAAAAGGUCUUCAGUCGAGAUGAGAAUCUCACACAACAUGCAGUCAAGUUAAUUGCUCUACUUGGUCCAGGAAAUCUUUUAUCCGAAGUGACCAACGAGAUUAUGGCGAUGGUUCUUGAAACGCCCUCGGCAUCAGCACUCGCUGCUUUGAACACGCUUUACAUGGAAUCACCGACUACUAUCUUGUCUCAUUCCGAUGCUUCUCUAAUCCCCCAGCAACUCAUAAAGAUCAUUCAGUCCUCGGGGGACGAUGAGGUACACAUCGUCGCAAUGCAUGCCUUAGUAGCAAGGCUAAGAGCAAUAGACUCUCGCCCCAAUUCAUAUUCCAGCAAGGCCGAGCCUGUAUUAAAGUUUUUCCGAAAAGUGUUGGAUGAUGGCAAAGCUGGCGAUAGGAUUUCAAGUGAAGCUGCAGCGCUCUGGUUUAAGCUCGCUUCUGCCUAUGUUAAGCAAACCGACUUUGCAGAUGUGGCAAGGUUGCAGCCAAUAUUCAGCGUCAGCAUGGCGGCUUCCCUCAUAAGAGAACUACGAGACAGUCAUUUAUCUUUGAUUUAUACACCAUUGCUGUUCUUGGAUGAAAAGUUGUUUCAGUUGGUAGAGGUUGGCAUUCCUACCCUAGAAAAGUCAGAUCAUGAUAUUGGGAUAAUGUUUGCGUAUCUGCUUUACUAUGUUGCUGCAGAAAGAGUUCCCUUAGCUGUUACCUCGGCUUCAAUCAAAAGAUUUUGUUGGGCUGCGGUUACCGAAAAAACACUCGAGGCUGCUUAUCAUGUGGCCAGUCGAAUAAAGCAAUUCCGGGAUGUACGCGAUCCGCCAGCUGCUCCUGACCUCGAACCGACGCCGAGCUCGAAGCGCCUUUAUGCGGUCAGUGAACUAGCCAUAAAAAUUCUUGAUCGACACAUGAGAUUUGCAGGUUUGACAUUCAGAGCUACCAUAUCGAAGCCCAUGGCUCUUCCCCGAAAAGUUUAUCAAUCCUGUUCAUCUGCAGCUGCUUCACAGCUGGUUGCAGAAACUGAGUUUUUGAGUGAGUUAGGGAGUCCUGAAGAGAUUGCUGAGGUUUGUGAUGACCUGCGGAAGCGAAUUCAUUCUCUUAGCCAGGCUCACGCAAAGACGAAAAAAAGGAGAUCUCAGCGUCCAGCCACACCCAAUAAAAACGCGACUCCCUCAUAA